CCUCCCUCCCCGCCUGCCAGUGUCACCAGCCUAGUGCUUCUGUGAGAAAGUACCAUUGUAAGAGGCCAAAGGGCAUGAUCAUUUUCCUCUUUCACCCUGUCUAGGUUGCCAGCAAAUCCCACGGGCCUCCUGACGCUGCCCCUGGGGACACAGGUCCCUUGAGUGCUGGAAGGAUGAAGGAUUCCUGCAUCACCGUCAUGACCAUGGCGCUGCUGUCUGGGUUCUUUUUCUUCGAGAGGCCAAACGGGAAGUUGUGUUCUCAGGCCCUGGGAAGAGCUUUCAGAGCUCUAGAGGGGCCGGGAGUUGCUCCUUCCAUAUUCCCCAAAGUCAACGCCCUGGAGGGGAAGCGCAGGGUGCGGGUGCGCUCUGCCCGCAUGGAUCUGGGCCACUCCCUCUCACAGGUGAGAUUUCUCCCCAGGGUCAUCGUGGGAGCUCCAGGGGAGGGGAACAGCACGGGAAGCCUCUAUCAGUGCCAGUCAGGCACAGGACACUGCCUGCCAGUCAGCCUGAGAGGUUCCAACUAUACCUCCAAGUACUUGGGAAUGACCCUGGCAACAGAUCCCACAGAUGGAAGCGUUUUGGCCUGUGACCCUGGGCUGUCUCGAACGUGUGACCAGAACACCUAUCUGAGUGGCCUGUGUUACCUCUUCCACCAGAAUCUGCAGGGUGCCAUGCUGCAGGGGCGCCCUGGUUUUCAGGAAUGUAUCAAGGGCAACGUAGACCUGGUAUUUCUGUUUGAUGGUUCGAUGAGCUUGCAGCCAGAUGAAUUUCAGAAAAUUCUGGACUUCAUGAAGGAUGUGAUGAAGAAACUCAGCAACACUUCCUACCAGUUUGCUGCUGUUCAGUUUUCCACAAGCUACAAAACGGAAUUUGAUUUCUCAGAUUAUGUUAAACAGAAGGACCCUGAUACUCUGCUGGAGCAUGUAAAGCACAUGUUGCUGUUGACCAACACCUUUGGUGCCAUCAACUAUGUCGCGACAGAGGUGUUCCGGGAGGAGCUGGGGGCCCGGCCAGAUGCCACCAAAGUGCUCAUCAUCAUCACGGAUGGGGAGGCCACUGACAGUGGCGACAUCGAUGCGGCCAAAGACAUCAUCCGCUACAUCAUCGGGAUUGGAAAGCAUUUUCAGACCAAGGAGAGUCAGGAGACACUUCACAAAUUUGCCUCAAAACCUGCGAGCGAGUUUGUAAAAAUUCUGGACACAUUUGAGAAGCUGAAAGAUCUAUUCACUGAGCUGCAGAAGAAGAUCUAUGUCAUUGAGGGCACAAGCAAACAGGACCUGACUUCCUUCAACAUGGAGCUGUCCUCCAGCGGCAUCAGUGCUGACCUUAGCAGGGGCCAUGCAGUCGUGGGGGCCGUAGGAGCCAAGGACUGGGCUGGGGGCCUUCUCUACCUGAAGGCAGACAUGCAGGAUGACACAUUUAUUGGGAACGAACCGUUGACACCAGAAGUAAGAGCGGGCUAUUUGGGUUACACCGUGACCUGGCUGCCCUCCGGGGACAAGACUUCGUUGUUGGCCUCAGGAGCCCCUCGAUACCAGCACGUGGGCCGAGUGCUGCUGUUCCAAGAGCCACAGGGCGGAGGACGCUGGAGCCAGAUCCAGACAAUCCAUGGGACCCAGAUUGGCUCUUAUUUCGGUGGCGAGCUGUGCGGCGUCGACGUGGACCAAGAUGGGGAGACAGAGCUGCUGCUGAUUGGCGCCCCACUGUUCUACGGGGAGCAGAGAGGAGGCCGGGUGUUUAUCUACCAGAGAAAACAGUUGGGGUUUGAAGAGGUCUCAGAGCUGCAGGGGGACCCUGGCUACCCACUGGGGCGUUUUGGAGAAGCCAUCACUGCUCUGACAGACAUCAACGGCGAUGGGCUGGUGGACGUGGCUGUGGGGGCCCCUCUGGAGGAGCAGGGAGCUGUGUACAUCUUCAAUGGGAGGCAUGGGGGGCUUAGCCCCCAGUCAAGUCAGCGGAUAGAAGGGACCCAGGUGCUCUCAGGAGUUCGGUGGUUUGGACGCUCCAUCCAUGGGGUGAAGGACCUUGAAGGGGACGGCUUGGCAGACGUGGCUGUGGGGGCUGAGAGCCAGAUGAUCGUGCUGAGCUCCCGGCCCGUGGUGGAUGUGGUCACCCUGAUGUCCUUCUCUCCAGCCGAGAUCCCAGUGCAUGAAGUGGAGUGCUCCUAUUCAACAAGUAACAAGAUGAAAGAAGGUGUUAAUAUCACAAUCUGUUUCCAGAUCAAGUCUCUCAUCCCCCAGUUCCAAGGCCACCUGGUUGCCAAUCUCACUUACACUCUGCAGCUGGAUGGCCACCGGACCAGAAGACGGGGCUUGUUCCCAGGAGGGAGACAUGAACUCAGAAGGAACACAGCUGUCACCACCACCAUGUCCUGCACUGACUUCUCAUUUCAUUUCCCGGUAUGUGUUCAAGACCUCAUCUCCCCCAUCAAUGUUUCCCUGAAUUUCUCUCUUUGGGAGGAGGAAGGGACACCGAGGGACCAAAGGGCGAGGGGCAAGGACAUACCGCCCAUCCUGAGGCCCUCCCUGCACUCAGAAACCUGGGAGAUCCCUUUUGAGAAGAACUGUGGGGAGGACAAGAAGUGUGAGGCAAACCUGAGAGUGUCCUUCUCUCCUGCAAGAUCCAGAGCCCUGCGUCUGACUGCUUUUGCCAGCCUCUCUGUGGAGCUGAGCCUGAGUAACUUGGGAGAAGAUGCUUACUGGGUCCAGCUGGACCUGCACUUCCCUCGGGGACUCUCCUUCCGCAAAGUGGAGAUGCUGAAGCCCCAUAGCCAGAUGCCUGUGAGCUGUGAGGAGCUUCCUGAAGAGUCCAAGCUUCUGUCCAGGGUGUUAUCCUGCAACGUGAGCUCUCCCAUCUUCAAAGCAGGCCACUCGGUUGCUCUGCAGAUGAUGUUUAAUACGCUGGUAAACAGCUCCUGGGGGGACUUGGUCGAGUUGCGCGCCAAUGUGACCUGUAACAAUGAGGACUCAGGCCUCCUGAAGGACAACUCGGCCACUACCAGCAUCCCCAUCCUGUACCCCAUCAACGUCCUCAUCCAGGACCAGGAAAACUCCACACUCUAUGUCAGUUUCACCCCCAAAGGCCCCAAGAUCCACCAAGUCAAGCACAUCUACCAGGUGAGGAUCCAGCCUUCCAUCCAUGACCACAACAUCCCCACCCUGGAAGCCGUGGUUGGGGUGCCACAGCCUCCCAGCGAGGGGCCCAUCACACAACAGUGGAGCGUGCAGAUGGAGCCUCCCGUGCCCUGCCACUAUGAGGAUCUGGAGUGGCUGCCGGAUACGGCUGAGCCUUGUCUCCCCGGAGCCCUGUUCCGCUGCCCUGUUGUCUUCAGGCAGGAAAUCCUCGUCCAAGUGAUCGGGACCCUGGAGCUGGUGGGAGAGAUUGAGGCCUCCUCCAUGUUCAGCCUCUGCAGCUCCCUCUCCAUCUCCUUCAACAGCAGCAGGCAUUUCCACCUCUAUGGCAGCAACGCCUCCCUGGCCCAGGUUGUCAUGAAGAUUGAUGUUGUGUAUGAGAAGCAGAUGCUCUACCUCUAUGUGCUGAGCGGCAUCGGGGGGCUUCUGCUGCUGCUGCUAAUUUUCAUAGUGCUGUACAAGGUUGGUUUCUUCAAACGGAACCUGAAGGAGAAGAUGGAGGCUGGCGGAGGUGUCCCAAAUGGAAUCCCUGCAGAAGACUCCGGGCAGCCGGCGUCUGGGGAAGAGGCUGGGGAUCCGGGCUGCCUGAAACCCCUCCACGAGGAGGACUCUGAGAGUGGCGGUGGCAAGGACUGAGUCCAGGCCUGUGAUGUGCAGAGGGUCCAGAACUGAACUCAGGACGCCCAGGGCCACUCUGCCUCCGCCUGCAUUCCGCUGUGUGCCCUCGGGCGAGUCACUGCCCCUCCUUGGCCCUCCAUUUCCCUAUCUUGAACAUGGAGCUCAUGCCUGCCUGUCUCCUUUGCAGGCUCAUAGGGAGGACCUGCUGAGGGACCAGCCAGGAGGGCUGCAAAAGUGAGGGUUUGUCAUGACCAGAUGGUCCACCAGCCUUUCUUGGUUUCCUUCCUUGGAAGAGAAUGUCUGAUCUAAAUGUGGAGAAACUGUAGUCUCAGGACCUAGGGAUGUUCUGGCCCUCACACCUUCCCUGAGAUGUCCACAGAUGCCUCCCCCCACCGCAGAACCUGUCCCUGCCCACUCCCCUGCACUGGAGUCCAGUCUCUUCUGCUGGCAGAGAGCAAAUGUGACCUGUCUCACUA